AUGUCGACUACCCAGGAAACCGUAUUAGUUAUCGGCGGUACAGGCGCUCAAGGAGUGCCCGUCGUCAAAGCACUGGCAUCGGAUCAUAAAUAUGCUGUCCGCGUCAUCACAAGAAAUCCUUCCUCGAAGGAUGCCAUUGAACUGGCAUCAAUUCCCGGAGUGACGUUAUUUGAAGGAAAUGCUUAUGAUGAACCGACACUCCGCGAGGCGUUUAAAGGCGUCCAGUAUGUCUUUGCCAAUACCAAUGGGUUUGCUAUUGGAGAAAUGGCAGAGAUAUAUUGGGGUAUUCGGAUAUAUGAACUUUCUCGGGAAUUUGGAGUAAAGCAUCUUAUAUAUGCUGCUCUCGAGUAUGCAUCGAAACUCGGAGAUUACGACGCCAAAUACCGCUGUGGCCAUUUGGACGGCAAGGCCAAAGUCGCGGACUAUAUUUCUGCACAGCCAACAACUCCUAUGGCUUGGACAGUCCUGACCUCUUGUUUGUAUAUGGAAGGGCUCUCAGAAUUCUUGCAGCCUUUACCAGAUCGCGAAGAUCCAAGCACGCUUGUCUUUGCUGCUCCUUUGGGACAAGGAAAAUUGCCCCUCAUCUAUCUUGAGGACUAUGGCCAAUAUGCUAGGUGGAUUCUUGAUACACCAUCCAAGAGUAAUGGUAUACAAUUGCACGUUGCUACGGAAGAUAUCGCUUGGAAAGACCUUGCGGCUGCUUUUACAGAGGUCACUGGCCGAAAAGCUGUAUACAAGGACCUCACAUUAGACGAAUACUUCAAACUCCCGGUAUUUUCGAACCCGGACAUGGUCUUGGGCCAUUCCACUAAUAAGGAGAAUCCCACUCUAUUCACUUUCCGUGAGAACUUCUCGGGCUUUUGGAAUAUGUGGAAGGAUGAUUUAACAAAAAGGGAUUACAAGUUGUUGGAUGAGAUUUUGCCUAAUAGAGUGAAGAGUGUGAAGGAAUGGAUGGAGAAAACGGGAUAUACCGGAAAACCGUCUUCUGUUCUCAAAGAUUACCGGGACGGUUUUGGAAGCUUCAAUGCUUAA